AUGUUUGGACGACCGGCCGGUGGCUUGAGCAUCAACACUGGUGCCGCUAAUGCAGGCACCGGUACUGCUACGACUUCCGCACCUGGCGGAGGACUCUUUGGAAGCUCGACGGUGACGACACAGCCUGCUACCGGUGGUCUUUUCGGCGGCACUUCGACGGCAGGAGGAGGACUCUUUGGCAACAAGCCUUCAACACCACAACAACCAGCGACCGGCGGCCUCUUUGGCUCGGCACCCGCACAGCAACCGCAGCAACAACAAAGUGGCGGGGGCCUCUUCGGAGGGGCCCAGACUCAGCAGCAGCAGCAGCAGCCUGCACAGCAAACCGGAGGAUUAUUCGGAGGGGCUGCGACCCAGCAACAACAGCCUCAGCAGCAGCAAAGUGGAGGGCUUUUUGGUGCAACCCCCGCGAAGCCGGCGACGGGCGGUCUCUUUGGUGGGAGCACAGCGCAACCUCAGCAGCAACAGCAACAGUCGACAGGAGGAGGUCUCUUUGGCGGCGGCAACACACAGCAACCCCAGCAGAACCAAGGCACGGGCGGUGGUCUCUUCGGACAGAGCCAGGCUCAGAACCAGCCGAAGCCCGGUGGUCUGUUCGGCCAAUCUCAGCCCGCAGGUAGCUCUGCUCCCGGCUUAACUAUGGGUCAGUCGACGACUCAGCAAAGCGUUCCUGGCGUACGGGUAGACAUGUCAAAUAUCAAGGGCACAACGCGGUUCAAUGACCUCGAACAAUCCAUCCAGGCCGAAAUGGAGAACUGCGAUCUCAUGAUCCAGCGCUUCAUGGCACACGCAUCCGAGAUCCGAGGCUUCAUGGCUGCUCACGGCGGCGAUCUCGCACAACUUACCAACGACGUCAACUGGCUCCAGCGCAAGUAUGAGGGCGUCAAGACGACGUUGGACGAGGAUAUCGUCACUCUUGGACACCUCAAGGACCUGGUCAAGUCUGACGCGGACAUUGCCAAGAUGGCAUUCGCCGGCGCCGACCAGCUCAAGCUCCCCGCACACUACCACCAGACUUGGCUCACACGCGGCGGAUCGGGCGGCAACACGACCAAUGGCAACCAGGACCGCAACCUCGAGGACGUGCUCACUCUCUUCUCCAACGAGGCCGAUCGCCUGAAGGAGCUCAGCCAGUUCCAGGUUCAGAAGAUCAAGGAGAUGGAGCAGCACAUGCCUGGCGUCGAGCACGGCCUCUACGAGCGUGUGCGAUCGUUGCGAGACCAGACACAGGUGCCGGCCUUUAACAUGGUCCUCGACCUGCUGGAGACGAUCAAGAUGAUGGGUGACAAGAUUUACGAGGCGGCGGGUAGCAUCGUUGAUGUACGAGAGAAGCUCACUCAGCUCCAGCGCCAAUACCCCACGAAAUGA